UCUUAGCAGCUUGUGCCACAAUAAGCAAGUUCCACAUUCCAGGAGAGAGAGAGAGAGAGCGAGAGAGAGAGAGUGUGUGCGUGCGUGUGUGACGGCGGGAGAGAGAGCAGCGAUGUCUUGAUGGAUUAUUGGAUGGACCUGGCUGUCCAUGGCGCAGAAGAAGUCUAAUAUUCGGACAUAUGCUGCGGUGAAUUGGACAAACUGAUGUUGCAACUGACCACUCAGCCGCGUGAAUAGAGAGCAGGUGAACAGGGAGGAAAACAUGGACGUCGACAGUCUUAUUCAACACAUUGAGCGAGACACGGAGGCCACUUCAUUUCCCUUAUCAGUCACCGCCGACUGGAGGGAGGACGGGAACGAGACCACUGGGAAUCAGUUCCAACAGCCAGACUGGCAGGUGGCUCUGUGGGCUAUAGCCUACUCCCUGAUCAUCCUGGUGUCCAUCACUGGAAAUGUCACAGUCAUCUGGAUUAUCCUCGCUCACCGACGCAUGAGGACCGUAACCAACUACUUCAUCGUCAACCUGGCCUUCUCCGACGUCUCCAUGGCAACCUUCAACACCCUUUUUAACUUUGUCUAUGCACUUCACAACGACUGGUACUUUGGUCUGGGCUACUGCAGAUUUCAGAACUUUUUCCCCAUCACUGCAAUGUUUUCAUCAAUAUACUCCAUGGCUGCCAUCGCGGUGGACAGGUAUAUGGCCAUCAUCCACCCUCUGAAGCCCCGCCUCUCCUCCACCUCCACAAAGGUCGGGAUCGCUCUGAUUUGGAUCGUGGCGAUUUCAUUGGCCUUCCCUCAGUGCUACUACAGCGUGACCCGAUUUUAUUACCCCAGGACCGUGUGCAUGGUCAACUGGCCUGAUGAUUACGGAGGAAAACAUCAACUGAGUUACCAGUUUGCAUUGAUAUUGCUGAUCUACGUCCUCCCUCUGCUGGUGAUGCUGGUGACCUACAGUUUGGUCGGCCAAACGCUGUGGGGCGGACACAUCCCAGGGGAGGCGACAGAGCAUUACCACAGCCAGAUCACAGCCAAGAGAAAGGUGGUGAAGAUGAUGGUUGUCGUGGUGAUGACCUUUGCCCUCUGCUGGCUGCCCUACCACAUCUACUUCAUACUGGGAUCCUUCAACAGAGACAUUUAUAAACAACAUUACAUUCAGCAGGUGUACCUGGCCAUAUUCUGGUUGGCGAUGAGUUCCACCAUGUACAAUCCCAUUAUUUACUGCUGUCUAAACCAAAGGUUCCGUGCUGGUUUCCGUCACGCCUUUGCUUGGUGUCCCUUCAUCAAAUUGUCGGAGGAGGACAAGAUGGAGCUGCAGCACACACACACCUUCAGAGUCACCAUGACACGCAGCCACCGCAACGACGCCUCGUACACACGCGCCUCGUACUCACGCGCCUCCAUCAAGACAAACGCCCCCGACUCAGACAUCAAAACUGAGCUGAACCCGGAGAGCGACGCUUGUGUGCGUCUUGACAAAUGCACGUCAGCGUACAACACACACAGGGUGACGAGUCCGGAUGACACAAAGUCAGCAGCUGCCAACCACUGAAGUCAUGAUGAGGACACCCUUAGUGGGAAGACAGCAGGGCUCUUCUGCAGAGCUGAACUCCACAAAGAGGCCACCGACAGCCAAUCAGAGCUGUUCAAACUGUGGCAACGUUCAUCCACCUGGACAGGAAAGUUACUUAACCAUGUGACCUGGGACUAUGACCAUGUUUUUAUAACAGAGAUAAACGACUCUAUGUGAAUUAGAAGCUGUUGCUGUUAAUGCCAACGUGGUCAUAUCAACAUGUGAAAAUACAUCUGCACACUGAUUAAUAAGAACAUCUGAUUCUGGCAUUGUUGGCGUUUGCUGCUGGGUCUGUACAUAAAUCCGUCCAUCUUUCAUCUCUUUCUCUUGCACCUCCCAUGCUCCAUCUUCUAAAUCCUUCCGUCACUGUUGCUUUUCUUCUUCCCUCUCUUUUAAAGAAAAGCUGCUAACUAUGAUGUUCUAUUGAAAGUGUACAGUUCUUCUUAAAUGUGUGGUUACUGGAUUUCUACUGGCAUCAGCACCAAGCAUUAUUGUUGUUGCUUUUCUAUGUUUUUCUUGCUUUUGGCUGCCACUGAACCCAGAACUGUAUUUUCCCUUUAUUUCCUGUUUAUCUCCAUUCGUCCUGCACAUAGUGAUUCACUGGUUACUCACUUUAAUGAAGAAAACUCUUUUCAACCUUUUAAAAUUCUCUUUAAAGUGCAAUACGUCUUUGAAAUCUCCGUCACGUCGUCUGGGGUCAAGAAGUGUGUCUCGCGUAUGUUGUGAUUUCACUGGUUCAGACAUCUGUAAUAUUUCUCAUGGUCAGUGUAGAGUCCUGAUUAAAUGUUAAGUGCUGCUACUGAAUCUGAUGUGAAAUGUAACAUUGACAUCUACUGAGAAUAUUCAUGUGAAAUAUGCUGAUGAAGUGCAAAUGUAAAUAUAUGCAAUUGGUGUGAUGGUUGCACAUUUACAGUCAGGUCAUUAUCUAAAUAAAAUAUAAAAUAAAAAGAACACAGCCUGUCAGUGUUUCA